UGCAGAUUCUGUGGACGUCAGUUCGACAACAUUGAGGACUUGCAGGUGCACAGUCAAGCACAUUUUAGCGAGAAGCCGCCACAUGUUUGUUAUGUCUGUGGAAAAAUGUACAGCACUCCUUCAAAAUUGCAACGUCAUGUUCGAGUCCAUAGUGGAGAGCGUCCCUACGCCUGUUCUAUCUGUGGAAAGAGGUUUACGCGCUCGGAUCACGUAAAACAACAUUUGAAGGUUCAUAUGCCCCAGCGUCAGAAGAAUAUGUGUCGACUGUGUGGAAUGAAAUUUAUGAGGAGACAAACCUUACAGGUUCACCUGAAGAGCCAUGGAUUGAGUCAGAUAUAUACCUGCAAUAGAUGCGGAGAAGCUUUCGACUGCGGAACCAAACUAAAUACUCAUAAAGGCACCCAC